CGGCGGUGGUGGUGGUGGUGGCCACGACCAGGUCAGCGUCCCCUGCCGAGCAUGGUGACAGCCUGUGCCCUCGGCCCCCUCGUCUGGCGCAGCCGGAAGAGCCGCCAGUCUCGGGCGCUGAUGGCCCCCUACAUAAGGGAGUGAGUGGCCUGGCCUUACCCGGCCCUACGGAUUGAGGGGAGACACAGCAACUGAGUGACCAGAGACCACGCUGCUGACCCCCUCCCACCAGUUGACGAAUGGUGGAUGGAGCAAUGAGUGACCCUUUUCAGGGUUGUAGAAUAAUGGCAGGAAGCAAGGCGUGAGCGUUCCCUGCAACUUCCUGGUGGAAAUAGGGGUCUAAGUGCCUCAAGCCAACCCCGUGGACCCUCCCAGCCCCCAUCCCAGCUGAUGGGGCCACUGGGGCCCUGAGCAGCUGCCUGACCUUCCAUAACCACCCCCACCCCCCUCAAGCUCACCAUGGCUGGUGCUGAGGGCUUCCAGUACCGUGCACUGUACCCAUUCCGCCGGGAGCGGCCAGAAGACCUGGAGCUGCUGCCAGGUGACGUGCUGGUGGUAAGCCGGGCAGCCCUGCAGGUGCUGGGUGUGGCUGAGGGCAACGAGCGCUGCCCGCAGAACGUGGGCUGGAUGCCUGGCCUCAAUGAACGCACAAGGCAGCGUGGCGACUUUCCGGGCACCUACGUUGAGUUCCUGGGGCCUGUGGCCCUGGUCCGGCCUGGCCCUCGUCCCCGUGGCUCUCGCCCACUGCCUGCCAGGCCCCGAGAGGGGCCCCCCGAGCCAGGCCUCACACUCCCCGACCUGCCUGAUCAGUUCUCCCCGCCCGAUGUGGCUCCCCCGCUCCUGGUGAAGCUUGUAGAAGCCAUUGAGCGGACAGGGCUAGACAGCGAAUCCCUCUACAGGCCUGAGCUGCCCACCCAGCGCACAGACUGGUCCCUGAGUGAUGUGGAGCAGUGGGAUGCGGCAGCCCUGGCGGAUGGCAUCAAGGGCUUCCUACUGGCUCUUCCCGCGCCUCUCGUGACGCCGGAGGCCGCGGCCGAGGCUCGCCGGACCCUGCAGGAGGCCGUGGGGCCUGUGGGACCGGCGCUGGAGCCCCCGAUACUGCCUCUGCACCGCGCGCUCACACUGCGCUUCCUGCUGCAGCACCUGGGCCGGAUGGCCCGGCGCGCCCCAGCCCCAAACCUCGCAGUGCGAGCCCUGGGCACUGCCUUCGGGCCGCUGCUGCUGCUACGCGCUCCGCCGCCUUCGCCGCCACCGCCAGGGGGCGUACCCGACGGGACUGAGCCGUCCCCCGAUUUCCCAGCUCUGUUGGUGGAGAAGUUGCUUCAGGAGCUCCUGGAGGAACAGGAGGUCGCGCCCCCAGCUCUGCCUCCUAAACCACCCAAGGCAAAGCCGGCUCCUACAGGGCUGGCCAAUGAGGGGAGCCUGGCCUCCCUGCAGGAUGCUGAGUGGUACUGGGGUGACAUCUCCAGGGAGGAGGUGAAUGAGAAACUCCGGGACACACCUGAUGGCACCUUCCUUGUUCGAGAUGCCUCCAGCAAGAUCCAGGGGGAGUACACACUGACCCUCAGGAAAGGCGGCAACAAUAAGUUGAUCAAGGUCUUCCACCGUGAUGGGCACUAUGGCUUCUCAGAGCCACUCACUUUCUGCUCUGUCGUGGACCUCAUCACCCACUACCGCCAUGAGUCACUGGCCCAGUAUAAUGCCAAACUGGACACGCGGCUCCUGUACCCCGUGUCCAAGUACCAGCAGGACCAGGUCGUCAAGGAGGACAGUGUGGAGGCGGUGGGUGCCCAGCUCAAAGUCUACCACCAGCAAUACCAGGAGAAGAGCCGCGAAUAUGACCAACUCUACGAGGAGUACACACGUACCUCUCAGGAACUGCAGAUGAAGCGCACUGCAAUCGAGGCCUUCAAUGAAACCAUCAAGAUCUUCGAAGAACAGGGUCAGACUCAAGAGAAGUGCAGCAAGGAAUAUCUAGAGCGCUUCCGGCGUGAGGGCAAUGAGAAAGAGAUGCAGAGGAUCCUCCUGAACUCAGAGCGGCUCAAGUCUCGCAUCGCUGAGAUCCAUGAGAGCCGCACAAAGCUGGAGCAGGAGCUGCGGGCACAGGCCUUGGACAACAGGGAGAUUGACAAGCGCAUGAACAGCCUGAAGCCAGACCUCAUGCAGCUGCGCAAGAUCCGAGACCAGUACCUGGUGUGGCUCACCCAGAAAGGCGCCCGGCAGAAGAAAAUCAAUGAGUGGUUGGGGAUCAAAAAUGAGACUGAGGACCAGUAUGCACUGAUGGAAGAUGAGGACGACCUACCCCACCAUGAGGAACGCACCUGGUACGUGGGCAAGAUCAACCGCACACAGGCUGAGGAAAUGCUGAGUGGCAAGCGGGAUGGCACCUUCCUCAUCCGUGAGAGCAGCCAGCGGGGCUGCUAUGCCUGCUCUGUGGUGGUGGACGGCGACACUAAGCACUGUGUCAUCUACCGCACGGCCACCGGCUUGGGCUUUGCGGAGCCCUACAACCUGUAUGGGUCCCUGAAGGAGCUGGUGCUGCACUACCAACACACCUCCCUGGUGCAGCACAACGACGCGCUCACUGUCACGCUGGCCCACCCCGUUCGUGCCCCUGGCCCUGGGCCCCCGCCUGCCGCCCACUGACCAGAACAGAGCAGAGCUGCCUGGGCCCCGGCCACUACGCCCAUGGGCUCCAUCUUUCUGUCUGUCUCUAUCUCUUUCAGGUUCUGUCUAUCUCUCUUCUUUGUGAAUCUCUUUCUGUCUCAGUCUCUUUUUCUCUCUAUUUCUUUGCAACUCUUUCUUUCCAUUCUCUCCCCUCUCUGUUUGCUUGUCUCUGUCUCUUGCUUUCUCUGAAUCUCUGUUACUCUGUCUCUUUCUAUCCCCGUCUGUCUGUCCUGUCUCUCUUGGCCUCUGUCCCUCUAAGUCUCUGUUUUGGGGGGCCUGCCUCCUCCACCUUAUGCCUCCUUCCGCCACAGGCAUUGCCCACCCCACAGCUCUGGCUGCCCCCGCAGGUCUCCGGGGUCCCCAAAGCCCCGCCUGCCUGCACCUGCCAUGUUUACGGAGGCCCCUGGGCUGCUCAGCCCCAGCCUGGGCCCCCUGAUUUUUAAGCCAUAGACCUGGGGUUGGGGCAGGAAGGAACUUCACUGGACUGCUUCCAGGAGCUUUGGCCUUGACAUUAGGGGCCGGGCAGGACCCGCCCCACAGACCCCAACUUCCCCUUGAAAUCUUGAAGUGAAACUUGUUACUGGAUAUCCCCACGAUGGGGCUGCUACGAAGAAACUACCCCAGAAAAGAAGAUUAUUAAAAAUAACCUCAAAAACUGGCCCCAACCAGCUCCCGCCGGCCUCCUGGGAAUCGAGGCUGCCGGUACUGCUGGGGUAGGUGUGAUGCACCGCUGCCCACAGCACCUCCGCUCAAUACAGUUUCAAGGCUUCUCCUCGAUCAUGUUGGGUUUUGUUUCCUUCACUGUAAAGCUCAUUUUCUCUCCUCCUUUGGGAUGAGAGCCCCGGUUUUCUAUGCUGCCACGGACACGACACCCUCCUGCCUGCCCGGCUAGGCUGGAAGGCAGGUUUUGUAUGGUACGUUGAUACUGAUGUGAAUAUAAAACAUUGAACUCGG